AUGCUCUCCCGCGCCGCCGUCCGCGCGACGACCCAGGUCACUGGCCGCCGAGCCUUUCACGCCACCCGCCCCCGGAUGUCCUCGCCUUACCACUACCCCGAGGGCCCUUACAGCAACAUUCCCUUCAACCCCAAGAAGAAGUCCUUCCCCAUCCUGUUCUGGGGAUACUGCAUCGCUGGCUUCGGCGCUCCCUUCGGCAUUGCUGCGUGGCAAACCUACAGGCCCAAGGCAUAA